UUGCGUAUUUCUCACACUCUCUCGCUCUCGAAUCGGAUCACUCUCUCUCUCUCUCUCUGAUUUCGAAUUCAUUCAUUUUGUUUAAUCAAGUAGAUAGUAGGAAGAAAUGGUGAUGUUCAAGGUUUCUCGCGUUGCAACCACACCUAUCGAUGGACAAAAACCGGGAACUUCUGGUCUCAGAAAGAAGGUCAAAGUGUUCAUGCAACCUCAUUACUUGCACAACUUUGUUCAGUCAACAUUCAAUGCCCUUUCUGCAGACAAAGUCAGAGGUGCCACACUUGUAGUUUCUGGUGAUGGUCGCUACUAUUCAAAGGAUGCUAUCCAGAUUAUAAUUAAGAUGUCAGCUGCAAAUGGAGUAAGACGUGUUUGGGUUGGCCAAAAUGGUUUGCUGUCUACUCCUGCUGUAUCAGCUGUUGUACGUGAAAGGGUUGGCGCUGAUGGAUCUAAGGGAUCAGGAGCAUUCAUAUUGACAGCAAGUCAUAAUCCAGGUGGUCCCCAUGAGGAUUUUGGAAUUAAAUACAACAUGGAAAAUGGUGGACCUGCACCAGAAGCCAUUACUGAUAAGAUCUAUGAGAACACAAAAACAAUCAAGGAGUACUUAAUUGCAGAAGACCUGCCAGAUGUGGAUAUCUCUGCAAUAGGCAUAACAAGCUUUACAGGGCCUGAGGGACAGUUUGAUGUUGAUGUUUUUGAUUCAGCCAGUGAUUACAUGAAAUUGAUGAAGUCAAUAUUUGAUUUCCAGGCUAUCCAAAAGUUGCUUUCAUCUCCAAGUUUCACAUUCUGUUAUGACGCACUUCAUGGAGUUGCUGGAGCUUAUGCUAAGCGCAUAUUUGUGGAGGAGCUUGGUGCACAAGAAAGCUCAUUACUGAACUGUGUACCCAAGGAGGACUUCGGAGGAGGCCAUCCAGAUCCCAAUCUGACCUAUGCAAAGGAGUUAGUUGCACGCAUGGGGUUGGGCAAGUCAAGCUCUCAGGGUGAACCACCAGAAUUUGGUGCUGCUGCUGAUGGUGAUGCUGAUCGUAACAUGAUUCUUGGUAAAAGGUUUUUUGUUACUCCAUCGGAUUCCGUUGCAAUUAUUGCUGCAAAUGCUGUUAAAGCCAUACCUUACUUUUCUGAUGGUCUUAAGGGAGUUGCCAGGAGCAUGCCUACAUCUGCUGCUCUUGAUGUUGUGGCUCAGCAUUUAAAUUUGAAAUUUUUUGAGGUGCCUACCGGCUGGAAAUUCUUUGGUAACUUAAUGGAUGCUGGGAUGUGUUCAGUUUGUGGUGAAGAAAGUUUUGGAACUGGCUCAGACCAUAUUCGUGAGAAAGAUGGAAUCUGGGCUGUAUUGGCUUGGCUCUCUAUUAUUGCUUAUAAAAAUAAGGAUAACCUCAGUGGGGGAAAGCUCGUUACUGUUGAAGACAUUGUUCGUCAGCACUGGGCUAUCUAUGGCCGCCACUAUUAUACACGUUAUGAUUAUGAGAAUGUUGAUGCUGGAGCAGCAAAGGAUCUGAUGGCAUGUUUGGUCAAGCUGCAAUCUGAUCUUACUGAAGUCAACAAAAUUGUCAAGGGGAUACGUUCAGAUGUGUCAAAUGUUGUUAAUGCCGAUGAGUUCGAAUACAAAGAUCCUGUUGAUGGUUCCAUCUCAAAGCAUCAGGGUAUUCGGUAUCUGUUUGGAGACGGGUCACGAUUGGUUUUCCGUCUUUCCGGAACUGGCUCUGAAGGUGCAACCAUUCGUCUUUACAUCGAGCAAUACGAGAAGGAUACGUCAAAAAUCGGGAGAGAUUCGCAGGAAGCACUUGGUCCACUUGUGGAGGUUGCUCUCAAGCUGUCUAAGAUGGAGGAAUUCACAGGCCGAUUGGCACCAACUGUGAUUACAUAGAUUCGUGAUACUACACAGCAUCAGAAUGUAUGUCUUCUUGAAAAUAAUAACAAAGUAUUUGCCUAUUUCAGAUCAUGUAUACCAUCUACAACUAUACUAGAUGUAUCCUACAUAUAUAUAUAUAUAUAUAUAUAUAUUUUUUUUUCCCACUCUGAUGCCUCAAUAACAGGCUUAUAAGAGUAGUGUGGAUUGGAGAUGUUUGGUAAGCCAAUUUUGUCCAGAAAUAAUAUGAAUGUUUUUAGAGUA